AUAAUGUGUCUGAAUGUCUUUCUCUCUCUGUCUCCUCACAGAUGAUACCAAGAUCGCCCUGCAUCUCAGAGACAACCAAGUGAUGCCUGCAGACAGCGCUGCAGACAGGAUGCCAGGGUCACACCCUCUGCACAUCGGUCUGAUCCUCGGCAUCCUCCUGGUGGUACUCAUCAUGAUUGUUGGCGUGCUGGUCACCGUGUACAUCUACCAUCACCCGACCUCGGCCCCCAGCCUCUUCCUCAUUGAGAGACGCCCAAGCAGGUGGCCGGCCAUGAAGUUUCGCCGGGGCUCGGGCCACCCGGCCUACGCGGAGGUGGAGCCGGUGGGUCAGGAGAAGGAGGGCUUCAUUGAGUCUGAGCAGUGCUGAGUGAAGAGGGGGCGUCUGCAUCCCUCGUAGCCCCCCCCCCACCCACCCCACCCGCCCCUUUCAGUGUCGGCUCUCUUUCCUCCCGGACGUCACAAGAGAAGACCUCCAGGAUCUGCUUUUUGGUGGAGGACGCUCAGUGUACACAAAACAGACUAAAAGACACGAUUGAGGACCUGAGGCAGCGACAUGAGCCUGAUCCCAGACACGCCCACUGUUGAGCGACAGGGAACAGAGGGAGGGGCAACACUGACGUCAUGGACUCAGGCGGCGUUGGCUCCAAUCGCGUUGCCAUGGAGGGAUUGUACAGCCUGACUGCCUUGACUGGAUUGUGGUGUGUCUGAGGUGGUGGAUUAUACCAUAUAUAUUUUAAGAAACAAUGCAGAGUAUGUGAACAGAGAUUUCCACUUUUACUGUUGGUGGGGUUAAACUGUAUAGGCCUUUGUGUAUCCAUCAGGUUUCCACUUCUUUUGCUUUCACUUCUCGUUGUUGUUUUUCACAGAGGUCGGCACAUCUAAUCCGUACAGACCAUCGGUAUUGCUUUUUCAAUGCCAUCGCGGGCUUAAUUGACUUUUCCACUGCCGGCUCUGCACACACAGUUUUGCAGAAGUGUGAUAUGCCGCCAGCUGAGCUCCAAUCACAGCAAUCGAUAGCAGCUUGGUGAGAAAAAAAAGCUUAGCACACUCAGUACGUGUGUGACGUUUGACUGGUUUCUUUUUCUGAAAAAGAAAAGUGUAAGAUGUUUAUUGUUUUGUUUUCAGGGGAAGCCUCGAGCAGACAUACAUCCUUACAUUUUUAUUUACUCCAUUUCUCCAUGAUAGCAAGUCAUGUCCAGGAGACCUCAACUUAUUUAUUGACAAAACUUUAUUAAUUUGGGCAAUGGCAACAUGGCAUGUUGAGGUCUGGCCUAUCACAUACUGUAGGGUUUUCACACCAGGAGGUAUGUGUGAGACCAAACAGACUCAGACUUCCCCCGCAGUUUCUCUUGCCAGACUUCUAGUAUUUUUUCCGCAGCAAGUCCGAGUGAGCUGAUGUGAGAACACAACAGGAUAUUAUCAGGAGAAGUCCCCUCCAGCAGGUGGGAGGGGCUGGUGAUGGUUUAUAUCCUGUGAUUAGAGUCAAUACAUUGUGUGUGUUCACGAUGAUUAAACGGCUGAAAUGAUCCAGAUACUUUCAGGAGUGCAGAUGUGAAAACAGCCUUUGUUUGGAUCGGCAGAAAAUUGUCUCAUUAUCAAGAGAAGACUUUGAUAUCUCGAGAGAAUAAUUUGAAAGUAUCUAUUAUAAAGGAAAAACCAGCUUUGUCUUCCCGAAAUGUCAAGAUAAACAAGUUGAGAACUCGAGCAAACAAACAGGAAGGUGGAGUAAUCAGAACGUUUGGAUGCAUGUCCGCUUAAGGCCUCCAUAAUGUUUUUUAACGGGUGAUGGGCACUCUGCUCUUUUUGACUGGUUCAUUGUUUGAUUCUUUGAAUCAUUGAAAACAUUUUGUUAUUUUAAUCCUUUUUUUUUUUUUUUUUUUUUACUGAAGCAGUUUUUUUUUCAUGACUGCCGUUUCAUUUUGUCCUUGAUUAGAAUUUGCACAUUUUUAUUUUCCAAGCACAUUUGAUUCUCUCAUGUGGUACUAAUGCAAAACCACAAGACAGGCGCUUGUGAGUGUGUGUGCUGAAUAUAUUUUCUUAAGUGUAAGUGAUGUGAGUGUGUGUCUGUGUGUCUGUGUGUGUGUGUGUGUGUGUCUGUGUGUGUGUGUG